GCGAGUGUCGACAGAGCCAGCAGCAGCUGCCGGGGCGCGUUCACACUCACACACACACAGCCCCACCACGUGUGCACGGGGCCCGCCCGCUCCUCCGCUGCUGACACCCGAGCACAGAGCGCCCGAGACACAGCAGCAGCAGGAUGGUGGUGCUGCUUCUCCCUCACGGGGGCGGCCACUGCUGUGCGGCCACGGCCGUCAACAUCAUGCUGGGGGUCUUCCACGUCUUGCUGCCCUGCUUUCGACAGGGAGGGGGGCAAGUGAUCGAGCCUGUCCCCAGCAUGGUGGAACUGUGGCAAGCCGAGGACGCUGAGCUCAUGCUUCCUACUCAGACUGAUUCCGAUCAGAACACAGAGGAACAUUUGCAGCAACAAAAGUGA